AUGAGUGUCACCAAAAUAGCCACACAAGUACUCAAUGAGUAUGGCAUCGACGCCAAAGCCGGAGCUGUUAUUCAUGCUGCAAUUGGUCUAAUUGUUGGACUCGUCAGAAGCAAAAUACGUCCCAUUGCUGAAAGCAAGUUCAGAAGAAUCGUUAAUACUCUUAUCAAAAAUUAUGAUAAACAACCUGAAAUUAUGAAUUCAGUGGGAAUGGCAUUCAGUAUAAUAUGUAUAUUGGAUUCAAAUAAUGAUCGAAAAGAAGUAAGAAGAUUUCAAGGUGAAUUAAUAUCCACUUUUAAAAACUAUCCACCGAACUUAUGGGAGCAACGUCUAGCUGAGAUCCGAGUGGGUGCCGAAAAUUUGAAAACUCGACAAGGGACUAUGGGAUUCGCCAAGUUUCUCAUGUCUGUUUCAUUUGGUUGCCUUACCUAUGCAAGUCCUGCACAUAGUCUGCUACAGGCCGGUUCGGCUAUUUGCUCUGUUACCUCUGGAGCGGCCGCUAUAGUGAAUGGUGUCAAUUACUACAACUUACAUGAGCUCACUGAGCGCCUUAAAAAGGAUGGGCGUUUAAACUAA